GCUCAGAGAUGGCGAACUGCGGCAGCUCAAGAUGGUCGCGAGGCGUGCCUUGUUCGCUAGCACUGUGGCAGCUGGCUGCCGCGCUGCUGGCCUCCGGAACGGCGGUUCGCGGCGCUCGCCAGCCUCACGUGGUCUUCAUCGUGGCCGACGACGUUGGCUGGAAUGACGUCCCGUGGCACAACGCGGGCCUCUUCAGCCCGAAUCUGGCCCGACUUGCUUCGGAAGGAGUCAUCCUGGAGCAGUACUACGCACAGCCGAUCUGCACUCCAACAAGAGCGGCUAUCCUGACGGGCAGAUACCCGUACAAACUUGGACGGCAGGGACACGUGCUGAAUCCUCUAGAACCCACAGGGCUGACAACGAGCGUCCCGCUUCUGGCAGAGGAGCUGUCACGACUGGGCUACUCAGCACAUGCUUUGGGAAAAUGGCACCUUGGAUACUGCAGCUGGUCGUACACGCCAACGGCGCGUGGCUUCGACUCCUUCUCUGGUUUCUACCUGGGAUCCCAGGACCACUACUCGCACACCGCCACGAUCGACAUCCACACAGGAGGGUUCGACUACCGCGCCAAUGCCACGCCCGACUGGGAUGCUCGCGGCCACUACUCUUCGAAGCUACUAGCGGACGACACGAUCAAGUUGCUGGCUGAUCACGCGGGACAAGAGCGUCCACUGUUCCUUUAUUUGGCUUUCCAAGCAGUACACGCGCCGCUCCAGGUUCCGCCAGAAUACAAAGUUCCCUGCACCAAGUACCACAACAAAAACCGUCAAUUACUAUGUGGCAUGCUGAAUGCACUAGAUGAAGCUGUGGGAAGAAUCGAGAAGGCUCUUAUGCACCACGGAUACUGGAACAACACGCUGCUGGUAUUUACGAGUGAUAAUGGCGGACAAAUUCUUGAAGGCGGGAACAACUGGCCGCUGCGUGGGAACAAGAACACCCUGUGGGAGGGCGGUACCCGAGUGCCGGCUUUCGUGGCAGGACCCUUGCUCAAGAAGACGGGCUACACAAACAGAAAAGUGGUGCACGCGGUCGACUGGUUUCCGACACUGUUGAGCCUGGCCGGCGAAAAAGGUGGCCCCGAGAACCUCGACGGAGUGAACCAGUGGGAGGUUCUCAGCGAGGAUGCAACUCAAGUGCGCCAGGAAUUCGUGUACAACAUUCGAAAACGCGCGCACUUGGAAGGAGCGAUCAGGCGACCCGGAAGAGAGGCACGACCUGUCGCCGUCGCAGCCAGAGCUCGCGGCGCUGCUCGAAAAGCGGCUGCGGACGCUCGCGCGCCGCCUGGUGCCCGAGGACAACCCCAGCAACGAUCCGCGCGGCGACCCUCGGCGGUGGGGCGGUGUGUACACGCCCGGAUGGUGCGUGCCGCGCGGCCCACUCCUGUGACGAGCGUGGAGAAGCGACAGCUCUUCUUCACGAGUAGCCCUGACCGCUAUCGAAGGAAGAUUCGACAACAAAGAAUGACAAUAAAGACGCAGGCGCAAAGUACAAUGUCAUCCGCCGUUUUGGCAGCACAACGCUUCUGCAGCAACCGCUUACCGUACGCAUAACAUGCCACAUGCAUUGCCAAAAUACUUUGUAAAGUAAUCGGUGAGUCGAAUGGAAAGCAGUCUUUUUUUUUUGUCAAUAUUGAAUAUAUUUGUCGAGUGCGACAACACGAGCCCGUGGUUUCGCCGAUGUCACGGUGGUCUCGGACGGAUGCUGGUUUCGUAGCUGGAGACACCGUAAAGGAUUGCUCUUAGGCCUCAGUAAAUGUCAUUUAAGAGCUUUUUCCAGAAUAGAACUUUAAAAUAGCCAGAUCAGGUCUGAGAUUUCAAAUAAUGAUUUGGAAGAGAGGGUUUCAGGAUCGGGGAUUUGCCCGCCACUGGUAGCUU